CCUCAGCACCCCGGGCUGUGGGCCUGAGCCGAGGUCCCUCGCAGCUGUGGUCCUGGGGCGCAGGUGGCGGUGAGGAUGACUUGGGCUGCCGGUGGCGCGCGCGCCCAGCGGCCGGGGCUCCCCUCUGAGUGGCCGCAGCUCUUGCGCCUUCCUGGGGGGCCGUCCCAUCGGUGCCGCUGAGGCUGAGAACAGAUAGUGCGCCUUCUACUUAAAGGGGGAUCAUGACGGUCCCCAAGGAGAUGCCCGAGAAGUGGGCUCGGGCCGGGGCGCCUCCCUCUUGGAGCCAGAAGAAGCCCUCUUGGGGGACAGAAGAAGAGCGGAGGGCACGGGCUAAUGACCGAGAGUACAAUGAGAAAUUCCAGUAUGCGAGUAACUGCAUCAAGACCUCCAAAUACAAUAUUCUCACCUUCCUGCCUGUCAACCUCUUUGAGCAGUUCCAGGAAGUUGCCAACACCUACUUCCUGUUCCUUCUCAUCCUGCAGUUGAUCCCACAGAUCUCUUCCCUGUCCUGGUUCACCACCAUUGUGCCUUUGGUUCUUGUCCUUACCAUCACAGCUGUUAAAGAUGCCACAGAUGACUAUUUCCGCCACAAGAGUGAUAACCAGGUGAAUAACCGGCAGUCUCAGGUGCUCAUCAAUGGAAUCCUCCAGCAAGAGCAAUGGAUGAAUGUCUGUGUUGGUGAUAUUAUCAAGUUAGAAAAUAACCAGUUUGUGGCGGCGGAUCUCCUCCUCCUUUCCAGCAGUGAGCCCCAUGGGCUUUGUUACAUAGAGACAGCAGAACUGGAUGGAGAGACCAACAUGAAAGUGCGUCAGGCGAUUCCAGUCACCUCAGAACUGGGGGAUAUCAGUAAGCUUGCCAAGUUUGAUGGUGAAGUAAUCUGUGAACCUCCCAACAACAAGCUGGACAAAUUCAGCGGAACACUCUACUGGAAGGAAAACAAGUUCCCCCUGAGCAACCAGAACAUGCUGCUCCGCGGCUGCGUGCUUCGAAACACCGAGUGGUGCUUUGGGCUCGUCAUCUUUGCAGGUCCUGACACUAAGCUGAUGCAGAACAGUGGCAGGACGAAGUUCAAAAGAACAAGUAUUGAUCGCCUAAUGAAUACACUGGUGCUCUGGAUUUUUGGAUUUCUGGUCUGCAUGGGGGUGAUCCUGGCCAUUGGCAAUGCCAUCUGGGAGCACGAAGUUGGGACACGUUUCCAGGUCUACCUGCCCUGGGAUGAGGCGGUGGACAGUGCCUUUUUUUCUGGCUUCCUCUCCUUCUGGUCCUAUAUCAUCAUUCUCAACACCGUUGUGCCCAUUUCACUGUAUGUCAGGCCAAAAGCCUGCAGCCAAGAUCCAUGUAGGUGGAGCAUUUCCUCCCCUCCCUGCUCCCCUAGCCUCACCUCCUGUCCCCUGUGCAGUGUGGAGGUCAUCCGUCUGGGCCACAGCUACUUUAUCAACUGGGACAAGAAGAUGUUCUGCAUGAAGAAGCGGACGCCCGCAGAGGCCCGUACCACCACCUUGAAUGAAGAACUGGGCCAGGUGGAGUACAUCUUCUCUGACAAGACAGGCACCCUCACUCAGAACAUCAUGGUCUUCAACAAGUGCUCCAUCAAUGGGCGCAGCUAUGGUGACGUGUUUGAUGUCCUGGGACACAAAGCUGAAUUGGGAGAGAGACCCGAACCUGUCGACUUCUCCUUUAAUCCUCUGGCUGACAAGAAAUUCUUAUUUUGGGACCCAAGUCUCUUGGAGGCUGUCAAGAUGGGGGACCCCCCAACACAUGAGUUCUUCCGCCUCCUUUCUCUUUGUCACACUGUGAUGUCAGAAGAAAAGGAUGAAGGAGAGCUGUAUUAUAAAGCCCAGUCUCCAGAUGAGGGGGCUCUGGUUACUGCAGCCAGGAACUUUGGUUUUGUGUUCCGCUCUCGUACUCCCAAAACAAUUACUGUACACGAGCUGGGUACAGCCAUCACCUAUCAACUGCUGGCCAUCCUGGACUUCAACAACAUUCGUAAACGGAUGUCAGUCAUAGUUCGGAAUCCAGAAGGGAAAAUUCGACUCUACUGUAAAGGAGCUGACACAAUCCUGCUCGACAGACUCCAUCACUCUACCCAGGAGCUGCUCAAUAGCACCACUGACCACCUGAAUGAGUAUGCAGGGGAAGGGCUGAGGACCCUGGUGCUGGCCUACAAGGACUUGGACGAAGAGUACUAUGAAGAGUGGGCCAGGAGACGCCUACAAGCCAGCCUGGCCCAGGACAGCCGAGAAGACAGGCUGGCCAGCAUCUAUGAAGAGGUGGAGAGUGACAUGAUGAAGCCCUUGUAUUUUCAGCUGCUGGGUGCCACGGCCAUUGAGGACAAGCUUCAGCAGGGGGUUCCAGAGACCAUUGCCCUCCUAACUCUGGCCAACAUCAAGAUUUGGGUGCUAACCGGAGACAAGCAAGAGACAGCUGUGAACAUUGGCUACUCCUGUAAGAUGCUGACUGACGACAUGACAGAGGUGUUCAUAGUAACAGGUCACACGGUCUUAGAGGUGCGAGAGGAGCUCAGGAAAGCCCGGGAAAAGAUGGUGGACUCGUCCCGCACUGUGGGCAAUGGCUUCACUUACCAGGGGAAACUCUCUACUUCCAAGCUCACCUCUGUCCUGGAGGCUGUUGCUGGGGAAUAUGCCCUAAUCAUCAAUGGGCACAGCCUGGCCCAUGCAUUGGAGGCUGACAUGGAGCUAGAAUUUCUGGAGACAGCAUGUGCCUGCAAAGCUGUCAUCUGCUGCCGAGUGACGCCCUUGCAGAAGGCACAAGUAGUGGAACUAGUUAAGAAGUACAAGAAGGCUGUGACGCUUGCCAUUGGGGACGGGGCCAAUGAUGUCAGCAUGAUUAAAACUGCUCACAUUGGUGUCGGCAUCAGCGGACAGGAAGGGAUUCAGGCUGUCCUGGCGUCAGAUUACUCCUUUUCACAGUUCAAGUUCCUGCAGCGCCUCCUGCUGGUGCAUGGGCGCUGGUCCUACCUGCGCAUGUGCAAGUUCCUCUGCUAUUUCUUCUAUAAGAACUUCGCUUUCACCAUGGUCCACUUCUGGUUUGGCUUCUUCUGUGGUUUUUCAGCCCAGACUGUGUAUGACCAGUACUUCAUCACCUUGUAUAACAUCGUGUACACCUCCCUCCCUGUCCUGGCUAUGGGGGUCUUUGACCAGGAUGUCCCGGAGCAGCGGAGCAUGGAGUACCCUAAACUGUAUGAGCCAGGCCAGCUGAACCUCCUCUUCAACAAGCGGGAGUUUUUCAUCUGCAUCGCCCAGGGCAUCUACACCUCAGUUCUUAUGUUCUUCAUUCCCUAUGGGGUGUUUGCAGAGGCCACGCGGCAUGACGGCACCCAGCUGGCAGACUACCAGUCCUUCGCAGUCACUGUGGCCACAUCACUGGUUAUUGUGGUCAGUGUGCAGAUUGGGCUGGAUACUGGCUAUUGGACAGCCAUCAACCACUUCUUCAUCUGGGGCAGCCUAGCUGUUUACUUUGCCAUCCUCUUUGCCAUGCACAGCAAUGGGCUCUUUGACAUGUUUCCAAACCAGUUCCGAUUUGUUGGGAAUGCCCAGAACACACUGGCCCAGCCCACUGUGUGGCUCACCAUCAUGCUCACCACAGCUGUCUGCAUCAUGCCGGUGGUUGCCUUCCGCUUCCUCAGGCUCAGCUUGAAGCCGGAUCUCUCUGACACGGUCCGCUACACACAGCUGGUGAGGAAGAAGCAGAAGGCUCAGCACCGCUGUAUGCGGCGGGUGGGCCGCACUGGCUCCCGGCGCUCGGGCUACGCCUUCUCCCACCAGGAAGGCUUCGGGGAGCUCAUUAUGUCUGGCAAGAACAUGCGGCUCAGCUCCCUCGCCCUCUCUAGCUUCACCACACGCUCCAGCUCCAGCUGGAUCGAGAGCCUGCGCAGGAAGAAAAGUGACAGUGCCAGCAGUCCCGGUGGUGGAGGGGCUGAUAAGCCCCUCAAGGGGUGAAGACCUGGACUGGGACAGCCUGUGCCUGGAACCAGAGCUUGCAGGACCAGCUUCUGGGAACUGCUGGUCCUCCUUCCCCUGCUGGACUGCCUUGAUGGCUCACCAGCUUGGAGAGAUAGAGAGAGUGGGCCCCAAGGGCAGAGCAGGGCUGUAGCCCAUGGAAAGCUGCCUUGUGUGGAACCACGUGUGGAACCAAAAAAACGGGAAAACUGAGAUUGGGUCUGCCCCUGUCCUGCUCGGGAGCUGGCAGGGAGACUAAUCUCUGUAUUUUUUUACUCCUUUUCCCCAGUGGGGCCCUUGUGUCCCUGUUCCUGAAUUACACAAGAAUGUAUCAUGCCGGGAAGCCAGAGACCUGCUGGGGCCUCUGGGCCCCUCACAUUGUGUUAUGUCUUCUUGGUUUGUGUUUGUGUGUUUGCUUUUGUCUUUUUUAUUUGGCAAGUGGAGGCGGCCUUCAUGUGACUUUAUGUUGUGGUUGGUGUUUUAACUCUCCUGAGAAGGAGACUGGCACACACUGAGAUGCCCCCACCUGGUGGAGUGGCUUGGGAGGGGCCACAUCUCAUGGGUCACCCUUAGGGCCCUAGUGCCCUCAUGUGGUAGAGGAGCCAUCAGAGAGGGAGAAACUGUCAGACAGAGGAUAGCAGGAGUCUGAAGGAAGAGUUUGGUUCUGUCUCCUUCCUCACCUGGAGUGAAGUGCUGUGGUCUCUCCAUGCACAUGGCAGGUUCUGGAGUCUCUAAGUCCUGCUGGUAUUGGGCUGGAGCUCAGAAAAGUGUUCCCAUCAUUCUCAGUGAGCUAAGGCUGAGGAUGAAAUGUGCUGAGGGAGGAAAAGUAGUUUUCUUAAAUUUUAAAUUUAUUCCCAAAUUCCUUAGCAUACUUGCUUCCAACUUCCUUUCUCCCUCAUCUGGUGCUGUCCUGCACCUGUCCCUGAGGGACUGAAAGGGGAAGCUGGUUUCUGCUGCUUUGGCCCAGUAAAUAAGCCCCCCACCCCCACUCUCUAGUCUCAGCCCCAGGGAGGAGCUGUUCAGCCAGGCCAAAUGUGGAUGUCACAGUUGAACCCACUUCGUAGCCUGGCUCCCUAAGUAAGGUACUUCUCAAGUUAGUUGCUACCUAGUCAGCUUCCAGAAGAAUCCUUUCCCCAUGUUUGGUAGCUGAGGAGUAAGGGGCCGGGUACAUGAAGAAUGGUGUUGAGCUGAGUGGGGUACAAGAGUCUAAAUGUUCUGUGUGGGAGCUUCAGAGGAGCUGGAGGUGGCCUGCAGUGUAGUUGAGGCUGGGUGGGUGGGGAGUAGGGGAACGGGGACCCUUGACAGGGAAACCCCUUUCGGCCACACAGUUUACAAGCCCAAUAUCAUGUCUGUUUGUGUGUCUCUUAAGGGGAAAGUGAUUUUUAUACCAAAGAGGAAAUGAUUUUUUUUUCAUAUUUGGUUUGUCUAUAUUAUAUAAAUACACACACAUAUAUAUAUAUAUACAGCUAUAUAUAUUAUUUUUUUGGUUCUCUCUCAUUUUUUAGGGAGGGAGGAAAGUAUCAAGUUGCAUUGAGCUGUAAUUAAGGAACAUUCUGUAUAAUUUAUGACACAUUUCUAUAAUUGAAAAAUUAUCAUUUUAUGGAUAUAAAGAUGCCUUUUUAUAAAAUUAAAAUUUCUGAGAAGUGGG